UCUUUCAUAUUUUAACAAACAUUACUAUUGCUGGCGUGGUGUGAGUACGACCGACUCGGUGCAUCUCACUCUACUCCUCGUUUUCAACAAUCAGUACAAUAAAAAAAUGAGUCACGGCGAGGAAGACAAAGAAAAUUCAGUUGUUGUUGAAAAAGUGGGAGGCAGAUCAUCAAUCACAAGCUGCUUAUCAAGAUAUCCCAUCAAAUUCAUCUCACCCAAAAAGGUUGGUCCUUCCAAUAUUGAUGCAGUGUGGGUUUAUAUUCUCAAUUAUGGAGGUGGAAUUGUAUCAGGUGAUCACAUUUCGUGCAAGUUUUCUGUUGGAGAUGCUUGCACCAUGGUGUUAACUACCCAAGGAUCUACUAAGGUCUAUAAAUCGGUGGGAUCUAAGUGUUCUCAUCAAAUAUUAGAGGCUAGAGUAGGAAGCAAUGCACUUUUGGCCAUCAUUCCAGAUCCUGUAACAUGUUUUUCUACCGCAAGAUAUUAUCAGAAACAAGUCUUCACCGUGUCUUCAGACUCAAAUUUGGUCAUUGUUGAUUGGAUUACUAGUGGGCGUCAUGAAAGUGGAGAAAAAUGGGAUUUUGAUCUUUAUAGAAGCACAAAUAAUAUUUUCUUUGAUGAUGGUCAACCUUUGUUUCUGGAUACGAUGUUACUAGAGAAAGACUCAUUUGGUCGUGUGAAGGAACACAUGUUGGACUACCAAGUAAUUGCAAUGAUUGUGCUCCUAGGGCCAAAGAUGCAGUUUAUCCAGAAUCUAGUGCAAGAUAACGUGAAAAGAAUUAUGACCGAGCAAUUACAGAAUCCUUCAGCUGCAUUGAGUCACCAAAAAAGCAAGGCUGACUUUUUCAUGACAAAGCCAUCCCUGGUGGCUUCUUGCAGCGUGUUUGGUCCCAAGAAAAUUGGUCUUAUUGUUCGAGUGGCUUCCGUGACAACUGAGUCCGUUUACAAGUUUCUUCGACAUCAGUUGGCUCCCUUGGAACCAAUGAUUGGAGUGCCACCUUACAGGAACAAUGGCUGAAAAUUAGGACAGAUUGGUGCGCAAUCGUGUAUUCUAACAUGCGUCAGUUCGUAGGGAGAGGAUAGUGCACUCGAAGCCACGAGUUGGUGCUAGUUCAUUUGACGCUGAAGCAUCGACUUCACAUGGUCGCGUGUCACAAACUUCUACCUCCCGAGGGCACGUAUCUCAUGCCGACCCUCCAACUUAUAAAGCCCGUGAAGCUCAACAGGAGAAACCUGUUGCUGUUGCUGCUCCCGUUCCUGAUAAUUUUUGAAGAGGUCCUUAUGACACCUCCUCACUACCUCUUUAUGCAGAACAUGCUGCUAGGCAUGUGUGAGAAGGAGAGGCGUAUUUAUUUACUUUUACGUUACAUUUGUUUCAUACUAAUUGAGUUGCAAUUGAUGUUGAUAUAUUUAUUUUUACAAGAGCGUGAAAUGAUAAAAUAUGUAAA